AUGAAAGACGAGGAACGUUGUAUUGGCACUCAAACAGACCCAGUUAGUUCGACAAGUGAAUUAAGCGACGACGACAUGAAUUUCGACCAAAAUUAUGAUGACUGUAACUACGAGGACGAAGGGCAUUAUGAGGAGCUAGACUUGCCGUAGGUUUUAAUUUUUAAAAACUACAAUUUUUUAAAAUUUUGAAGAAUUUUGUUUUAUAUCAUUUUGUUGCUAAAGCAAAAACACCUGCAAAAACAAUAAAACUGUCACAUUAAAAUUUUUAACUAAUCUAUGUUAAGUUUUCUUUGUGUUCGAACAUUUUUGAGGCAUUUUUAAAACAGCUUUAAUGGGGAUAGGGCGGCAAACAUCAAAGGCAUGGGAUAUUAGUCCAAGUUAAAACAAUCGAAAAUUAAAAGUGGUGAGACAGUGAGACAUGAGGGUAAAAAAACAAAGAUGGAGUAAGGACACAGAAAGUAAGGCUAGACUAAAGAGCAUGCUAUUCCCUACUUCUGCUUUCAAGCAAUUAUCAGUUAAGCCUUAGCCUGGCCUUGUGUCUGAUUAUGAGCUUGAAUCUCACCCCGAUCUAAGCUUGAGUUUGAUCCUAAGAUUAAACCUAAGAUAGGGCUUGCGUUUGAGCCUGAGCUUGAACCUGAGCUUGAGCCAGAGCCAGAAGCUGAGCUUCAGCCAAAACUUGAACUUGGUCCUGAGCUUGAGUCUGAGUUUAACUCUGAGCUUGAGUUUAAGCCUGAGCCUGGGCCUGAGGUUGAGUCUGAGCUUGAGCUUGAGAUUGAGCCUGAGCCUGAGCCUAAGACUGAGCUUGAGAUUGAGCCUGAGCCUGAGCCUAAGACUGAGCUUGAGAUUGAGCCUGAGCCUGAGCAUCAGUCUGAGCAUGAGCUUGAGCUUGAGCCUGAGCCUGAGCCUGAGCCUGAGCCUGAGCCUGAGCCUGAGCCUGAGCCUGGGCCUGAGCCUGAGGGUGAGCCUGAACAUCGCUUAGAUAACAUAAAACACGAUUACCAGCCAAACUAA